AUGAGUGCAGAAAGCAUAACACCUAAAGAUACCGUAGUUCCAGAAGAUCAAACAAAUCAACUGCGGCAACCAGAUUUGAACGAGGAUAGCAUACAUUAUGAUUCAGAAGAAGAUGAUAUAGUGUCUUUAGAGACAACUGCCUCGUAUGCUUCGACUCUGGUAUCCGCCAAAGGGUAUACCAAAAAGGCAGAGCAUAAAACCACAGACAUAGAAGGCCGGCCGCAUUGGAGCGAGACUACUUCGAGGACGCACGAAAGCGACAGUGAAGAGGGGGAUUCCAACGGCGAAGCUGAAAAUUUUCCAGAAGGUGGGCUCAAAGCUUGGGUGGUGACAUUCGGUUGCUUCUUGGGCUUGAUUGCGUGCUUUGGUUUAUUAAAUUCAACAGGUGUCAUAGAAAGUCACUUACAGGACAACCAAUUAGCUAACGAGAGUGUUUCGACCAUUGGAUGGUUGUUCUCCCUAUUUCUUUUUGUUUGUUUUGCCUCAUGUAUCAUCAGCGGUACUUACUUCGACAGAAAUGGAUUCAGGACUAUCAUGAUUGUAGGCACGGUUUUCCAUGUGGCCGGUUUAUUCGCUACCGCCAAUUCCACCAAAUACUGGCAUUUUAUACUCUCUUUUGCUAUAGUAUGUGGGUUUGGUAAUGGUAUCGUACUAAGUCCAUUAGUAAGUGUCCCCGCCCACUACUUCUUCAAAAGGCGUGGUACCGCUUUGGCAAUGGCCACCAUUGGUGGUAGUGUUGGUGGUGUCGUUUUUCCAAUUAUGUUGCGUAGUUUUUUUUCCAUGAAAUUAGAUACCGAUCCAAGUUACGGUUUUGUGUGGGGUAUUCGGACAUUGGGCUUUUUAGAUCUGGCUUUGCUAGCAUUAUCGAUCGUCUUAGUCAAGGAAAGAUUGCCACACGUUAUUGAAGGCUCUAAAGCUGGAGAAGCACGUUGGAGGUACAUCGUCAGAGUAUACAUCUUACAAUGUUUCGAUGCAAAAGCAUUCCUAGAUAUGAAAUAUCUGUUCUGUGUUCUAGGAACAGUGUUUGGUGAACUGUCUAUAAACGCAGCUUUAACUUACUAUGGUUCAUACGCUACCAGCCACGGAAUUUCAGCAAAUGAUGCUUACACUUUAAUUAUGAUUAUAAACGUAUGUGGUAUACCUGGAAGAUGGGUCCCCGGCUAUUUGAGUGAUAAGUUUGGUAGGUUUAACGUCGCCAUAGCAACUUUAUUUACGUUAUUCAUCGUCAUGUUUGUCGGCUGGUUACCAUUUGGUACGAACUUGAAAAAUAUGUACAUUAUCAGUGCAUUGUAUGGCUUUUGUUCGGGAAGUGUCUUUUCCUUACUUCCUGUCUGCUGUGGACAAAUAUCUAAGACUGAGGAAUUUGGUAAACGUUACUCGACAAUGUAUUUCGUUGUCGCCUUUGGUACAUUGGUUGGCAUUCCAAUCACGGGUGCCAUCAUCUCUAACAAAACCACGGCAGAUUAUCAGCAUUACAUCAUAUUUUGCGGUUUAGCAACGUUUGUCAGCGCUGUUUGUUAUAUAAUUUCGAGAGCAUACUGCGUUGGUUUCAAAUGGGUUAGAUUUUAA